AUGCUGGAAUCAAUAAAUAUUCCGCUGCUAAAAGCGCGUUUGAUGCAGACAUUUAAAGAAAGUGAAAAUCUCAAAAUCAAACGUCUCCUUACGGGAUUAGAACUGGAUCAUACGAAACCCAGCCAGCUACUACGCAGAAUGAGAUCACUCGGUGACACGGAUGAUAUUUCCGACAAAAUGCUACGAACUUGGCUUGAAAAAAUGCCCGAUGCGGUGAAACAUAUGCUGAGUGUAAGUGACGAGGACUUGGAAAAAUUAGCUACCAUAACAGAUAAAAUAUUGGAAAUGCAACCACGAUCGGAACUUGCCAGUCUUAACAGGAAUACUGUUCCGGUGGACGAGCUCUUAAAUAAGUUUUCUGCUUUGGAACUUCAAAUAGCGUAUAUGACUGCCCGUAACUCCCGAUAUCGGAGUCCUAGUGGAAAUCGCAGUACGAGUCGCAAGAGAUCCAGGAAGAGGUUCGAUGCAAAUAGUAAAAUACUGCUAUUACCACUUCAAGUUUGGCAAGAAGUGCUUCUCAGAAAAAUGCAAGGAACCUUGCAGCUGGAAAUAAUCGGAAAACAUGAACCGGCGGCAAGUUCUGUUGCAAUGAGUCCAGAUUGCCGCAAAUUCCGAUUAUUUGUGAAGGACAGAAAAACGGGUUUACGGUUUUUAGUAGAUUUAGCGAUGCUCAUUCCAGCAAAUUUAAAAGCAGAAAAACCUUGCUCCUACACAUUGUAUGCAGCUAAUGGAACUGAAAUCCCAACUUUUGGAUUCAGAACUUUAACUCUCGAUCUAGGACUACGACGGCCAUUCCAGUGGCCUUUUGUGGUAGCCAAGGUAUCUGUAUCUGUGCAGCACCUCAUCAUAUCAUUACCCAAUUCCAAAUUACCUCCAAAACGGGAAGUAUCCCCUGAAUGA